CGCGUUUGCGACGGAGGUUUGGAAGCCCGGGCCGCGGUUCUACGGAACUGGGGAGACGUUCGUGUUCACGUUGCAUCCGCAGAGGGUGCGGUACGUGUGGCAGCGGCCGCGGCAGCAGCCGCUGCCCGGCCGCGCCAGCGGCGGCGGCGCAGCCGCCACUGCCACCGCCUCCCAAUCCCCUGCUUCUCCCUCACAGCAGCAGCAACAACAACAGGGGCAUGGAGGAGGAGGCGUGGCGGCGGCUGCCGCAGUAGCGGCAGCGGUAACCACCGCCGCAGCUGCCGCCUCGGGUGUGGAUUUCUUUCAGUUCUCGACGCAUGAGGGCCUGGGUGUGGGCGGGCAGGGCGGGUUCGCGCUGUGGUUGGACAACGAGUUGUUGGAGGGCGCUAGCUACCCGUGUGACACGUUUGGGAGUCCGCAGCUGUCGGGGCGGGAGGAGUUCCGGGUGGCGGCGGUGGAGCUGUGGCAGCUGUGAGCGGGAGGUGGAGGUAGGGAGCGCGUUGGUCUGUUGGCUGGUUGGUUGGCUUGGUUCUUAGCAAUCGUUGCCAUCAAUUAUUGCAGCUGUGGUACAAGCAGGAUUGAAUGGACUUGCUCAUGUGUGUCAUGUAUCGGCAUCUCAUCCCUAACCGCUAUAUGUAGGCCGUGGAAGCGGGAAGCCGGGAAUAUGUAGGCCGUGGAAGCCGGGGCUUGGGUAGGACUUGGGUAAGGAGAGUGUUUUUUGCGCCUUACACAGUGCCCUCCGGUGCAAGGCAAUCUCUUGGACUACUACGGCCGCAGCAUUGCCGGGCUAGGGCCCUCCACAACAGGGCGGCCGAGUGGCGCAACGCAAGCCUCAGCUGUGCUGUUUCGAGC